CCAAAAGGUGAAAGAACUAUUCUAGAAAAAACCCUAGAUCGCUUCCCAGGCAUGGCCGGCCAAUCCGAUCCUCACAUCUCUCUCUUCUCUGCCGAAGAGGUGGAAUUCAUGGCUGAAGAUGAGUUGAUAGAGAUUGUGCCUAAUAUGCGAAUGGAUCCUCUCAAUUUCAUCUGUGGUGAUUUUGGCCCAUUUUUACCUCAAAUAGCGACUCAGGUACCAAUGUGGCUCGCUGUGGCUUUAAAAAAGAGAGGGAAAUGCGCAAUUCGUCCACCCCUUUGGAUGUCAGUUGAAAAUUUGACAAAGGUUUUGGAAGGAGAACGAGACUCCCAAGGUGCAUUUCAGGCACUGCCAUUUCAUUAUGUGGAGAUAUCUAGACUUCUCUUUGAUCAUGCGCGUGAUGACAUUCCUGACAUGUAUAUGGUGCGGUCUCUUAUUGAAGACAUAAGGGAUGUCCGGGUUCAUAAAGUUGAGACUAGCUUGGAAAAGUUCAGUGGUACAUCUGCAGUGAAAAUUCCAAAUUUAUCAGCCAUGGAAGUGAACAUAAUUCGUCCAUUUGUUGGGAGGGCCCUGCAGGCAUUCUAUAAGCAUGAUAAUCCAGAGAAAAUACCAGAUGUAGAUAGAGCAUCCAGUGGACAGACACGAGUAGCUAAUAACGAGCCAAGACGGCCUCUGAGGAGAUAAGAAGUCAUUUUCAUUUUUUGAUCCCUUCUCUGUAUUGAAAUGGAAACUUCAGCCAGCUAGCAGUGAAGGUACUUCUGUUUUCUUUGAAACACUUUUUGGAGAAUCCUACUUGGUUCCUUCUUUUUUGUAAUUGUGGAAUAAUUGCGGCCUUUGUUUUGAAUCCUUGUUGAGUAAGUUGAUAACUUAUUGUAAUAGCCAUUAAAAUUAUUAUUUCCCACAAAGCUGCGAAGACCUCAAUACAAAUGGAUUGGAUUAUGGGGAGCAUUAAUUCUUGUCA